AUGCAUUUUCUCGGUAUUUUCUUAUCGGUCAUUAGCGUUGUUUCCAUGAUUCAAGCUUGCCCAUCACGUACAGGACCUCCAGGUCUUCCAGGUCCGCCAGGACGAGAUGGACGAAAGGGAAAUCCAGGAAGGAGAGGAUAUCAGGGAGCUGAAGGAGAUGUGGGAGAUCGUGGACCAGUAGGAAGCCCUGGAAUUCAAGGUAUUCAAGGUCCUCCGGGAGAUGUGGGAGAGGAAGGAGAAAAAGGAAGAGUUGGAAUUUUAG